AUGGAGGUUGCAAUGGUAAGUGCAGACAGCUCUGGGUGCAACAGCCACAUGCCCUAUGGAUAUGCAGCCCAAGCAAGAGCCAGAGAAAGAGAGCGACUGGCACAGUCCAGGGCGGCGGCGGCAGCAGCUGUAGCGGCUGCAACGGCUGCCGUAGAAACGGGGGUCUCUGGAGGAGGAGGACCUCAGCACCACUAUCACCAGGAACAGAGUCGUGGGGCCUCCUCUUCCUCCUGUGGUGGGAACACAUCACGUAGCAGUUAUCGUCAGAGCAGGAGUAGGAAGCAAAGGAGGGAAAAAGCCUACUGUCUUGGCAGCAGGGAGUUUGGUGCCUCUUUCCCUUGCUCAGAGUUGCUGCCCCUGAGUGGCUCAGAGGAGAAGAUCCUGAAGGACUUGAGUGAGGAGGACGAAGAGGAAGAAGAGGAGGAAGAUGACGGGGAGGAUGAAGAAGACGAGGAAAGGAAGAUCUACUGCAGUGAUGGAGAAGGUGAAGAUGAGUAUUCGUUUUCUGAUCAGCUUCCUGAUGACGGCGCUGGGCCCGGUGGCUACACUUCUGUCCGCUACAGCGAGUACGAAUGCUGUGAACGAGUUGUCAUCAAUGUUUCUGGCCUGCGAUUUGAGACUCAGCUGAAGACCUUGGCUCAGUUUCCCGAAACACUGCUUGGUGACCCGGCAAAGCGGGGUAGGUACUUUGACCCUCUCCGGAAUGAGUAUUUCUUUGACAGGAACCGCCCCAGCUUUGAUGCAAUUUUAUAUUACUAUCAGUCCGGAGGGCGUCUGAAAAGGCCAGUCAAUGUCCCCUUUGACAUUUUCAGCGAGGAGGUGAAAUUCUACGAACUCGGGGAGGAGGCCAUGCUGAAGUUCAGAGAGGAUGAAGGCUUCGUCAAGGAAGAAGAUGACAAGGUACUGCCUGAAAACGAAUUCAAGAAGCAGGUGUGGCUGCUCUUCGAGUACCCUGAGAGCUCCAGCCCUGCCCGAAUUAUUGCCAUCGUCUCGGUUUUGGUCAUUUUGAUCUCCAUUGUCAUUUUCUGCCUGGAGACACUGCCAGAGUUCAGAGAUGAGAAGGAGCUGAUUUUGACCUACAACGUGGAGAAUGUGAAUGAGACGUUGCAGAUGCCGGGCGGGGGACACACGAUUUUCAAUGACCCCUUCUUCAUUGUUGAGACCGUUUGCAUCAUUUGGUUCUCGUUUGAGUUUACAGUGCGCUUCUUUGCUUGCCCCAGCAAAGCAGUCUUCUUCAAGAACAUCAUGAACAUCAUAGACAUUGUUUCCAUUUUGCCUUACUUCAUCACCCUGGGUACAGACUUGGCGCAGCAGCAGGGCAGCAACGGCCAGCAGGCCAUGUCUUUCGCCAUCCUGAGGAUCAUCCGCCUCGUCCGGGUGUUUCGCAUCUUCAAGCUCUCCAGACACUCCAAGGGUUUGCAGAUCCUGGGCCACACUCUCAGGGCCAGCAUGAGGGAACUGGGCCUCCUGAUCUUCUUCCUUUUUAUUGGCGUCAUUUUGUUUUCCAGUGCUGUUUAUUUUGCAGAAGCUGAUGAAUCUCUCACUCAUUUUCACAGCAUCCCAGAUGCCUUUUGGUGGGCUGUUGUGACCAUGACUACAGUUGGUUAUGGGGACAUGAAGCCCGUCACUGUUGGUGGGAAAAUAGUCGGGUCCCUAUGUGCCAUUGCAGGUGUGUUAACCAUUGCUUUACCAGUGCCAGUGAUUGUCUCCAACUUUAACUAUUUUUAUCACAGAGAGACCGAAAAUGAGGAAAAUACCCAGCUGACACAAAACGCAGUCAGCUGUCCGUACCUUCCGACGAUACUCAAGAAAAUCAGAAGUUCGUCAUCUUCGUCCAUGGAGGAGAAAUCAGAGUAUUUGGAGAUGGAGGAAGGGGUUAAAGAGUCUCUUUGUGUGAAGGAGAAAAAGUGUCAGGUCACAGGAAACGGCAGUGAGACAGCAAAACAGAACUGUGUUAAUGCAAAAUCUGUGGAAACGGAUGUUUAA